ACCCUGAACCAUGAAGCUCGCUACUGGUCACGAGGUGGAGGUGCUGGAGGGGAAGGAGCUGGCGAAGCAGAUGAAGGACUUCCACGGCUACACCGACGGGCUGGUUCGCCUCACUCCCGGACGCUGGCUCUUCCCGAAACCAUAUCUGCGCUUCGCCGACAAGUACUUCAAGUUUGAGUUCCGCCCCAGCGAUGUGGUGGUGGAUACGUACCCGAAGUGCGGCACCACCUGGAUGCAAGAGAUCAUCUGGACCAUGAAGCACAACCCGGACCUCACCAAUCCCCUUGCCGGUCUCCACGUCCUCGCCCGAUCCCCUUUCUUGGAGAUGGACAUGCUAUUCCCUGAGACAAAACCAGACAAAAAAAUGAGCGAGAACCCUUUCCUCGAGGGCUUCAAAUUGAUGUGUCCGGGCAAGGACCCCAAGGACGGCAUGCAUCUGCAGAUGGCCGAGUGUGUGCCCGACCCUCGCGUCAUCAAGACCCACCUCCCCCUCUCGCUCGUUACGCCCUCGCUGUUGGACACUUGCAAGGUGGUGUACGUGGCCAGGAACCCCAAGGACAUGGUCGUCUCCUAUCACCACCACAGUAAGCUCAUCAACAUGCACGGCUUCAAGGGCACCUGGGAGGACUUUGUCGAGUACUUCGUAACCGAUGACCUGGUGUACGGAAACUACGCCCUCAUGCUGAAGGAGGCGUGGGAGAAGCGGAACCACCCCAACAUGCACUUCGUUUUCUACGAGGACAUGAAGGCAGACGUGAUGGGGGAACUCAAACGGCUCGACGCCUUCCUCGGCACCAAACUCACGCCCCAGCAGCUGGAGGGCGUGGCUCGACACACCAGCUUCAAGGAGAUGAAAGCCAGAGACCCAAUGACGACCAACAAGGACAAGUUCAAGCACCUGGAUGGGGAGUUCAUUAAGAACGAAGGAGGACUCUUCAGGAAAGGAGAAGCAGGUGACUGGAAGGGCAAAUUCUCCCCCGAACUCUUGGCCAAAGUGGACGCCUGGAUUGGAAAGAACAUCAAAAGCAUGGGCGUGGACUUCAAGUAUUCCAUCUGAGGUGAUCUGCUAUGUAGGCGAAGGCGUCAGCAACGAAUAUGGGUGCAUGAAAUCAAUGUUAAAAGACCUGAGUUUGGGAGCUUUGGACAUCUGCUCCCAGUUUUGGUGAAAAAUCCAGAGAAAUUGUAUGACUUCUUUAGGAUGACUAAAGAACAAUUUAAAAUGUUGGUGGAGUUGACUGAAUUCUCCAUAUGAAAGCAGAAUACCAAUUACCGACGUGCAGUUAUGUCACUCAUUUCAAACGUAGACCAUACACCGUACAGUUGCCAAAUGAGAAUAUCUAGCCAUAUCCAUAACUUUUUGUGUCGUCAUUUGUUUAUAAAAAAGGUGCUGCGUAAUGUUGUCUGGUAAAUCGCAGGGUGCGGCAAUUCCUACUGUGGUUCAGUAAUCUACAAUAGUUCUACUGUGGUAAGUGAAUAAAUACUGCUCACCUUUG